CGUCACAUCCGGUUCUGUUGUUUAUAUCUGCCAGCGCUGAUCCACGUGGGCUGCCGUUUUAAACGAUCGAAAAAAAUAUAAACCCAUGCAAGGAUAUAUCGACUGUCACUGUCAUAUAUCUGCCGAGGAUUUUGACAGCGACAUUGACGAUGUCGUCCAGGAGUCUAAAAAGGCCGGGCUUGUUGCCCUUGUCGCAGUAGCAGAGCACGCUGGCGAAUUUGAGAAAAUUAUACAGCUCUCGCAAAGGUUCCCCGGAUUCGUUAUGCCAUGCCUCGGAGUUCAUCCUGUCCAAGAUCCAGCACAACCCAGGGGUGCCUUACCCGAGGAUCUAGACGCGGCAUUACCCCUGAUCGACAAAUACAAAGAGUAUAUUGUGGCUAUCGGUGAGGUCGGUCUGGAUUUCACACCACGUGUAGUCAACAGUGACGCUGGGAAAGACGGUCAGAGACGGGUGCUUACCAGACAGGCUGAAAUCGCAAAGGAGCUGAAUCUGCCUCUGAAUGUGCACUCGAGAUCUGCCGGAAGACCAACCAUCCAUCUUCUGAAGGAGCUGGGUGUAGAGAACGCACUUCUUCAUGCAUUUGACGGAAAACCUUCGGUUGCGAUGGAGGGUGUAAAAGCUGGUUAUUUUUUCUCAAUACCUCCUUCCAUUGUCCGAAGUGAUCAGUUUAUCAGUCACACAUCGCAUGUUUGUCCACCUUUUUAUAAGAAGCAGAAGCUGGUGAAGCAGGUUCCUCUGGAGAGCAUGUGUUUAGAGACGGAUGCUCCUGCGCUCGGGCCUGAAAAACAGGUGAGGAACGUACCAAGCAAUAUCAGCAUCGGUGCGGAAUACAUUGCCAAAAUCAAAGGCGUUCCCUUGGAGAAGGUCAUAGAGGUCACUACCCAGAAUGCCCUGCGCCUCUUCCCCAGAUUAAAAACGUUUAUCAAAGCUUGACGUUGAAAGGGUCGUCCGCAAAGCUGCUGUGUUUGUUGUGCGACAAACUGCGAUCAAGUAGUUUUUUUUAAAUAAAGCGUUAUGUAUGCUGGGUUUAUUUUAGCCAGUGUUCCUUUAAAAAAAUGCCAUUUCCCAACAAAUAUUACUAAUGAAAUCAAAAAGCAUCACUCGCAAGAUGAUAAACGCUACGGCACAUGUAUCUGAUCAUCAUAACAUCACUGAUGAUCCUCUGAACAGAAACAAACGACAGGAACAGAUGGGAUAGAUAGGUAUAUGGCAAAAGUCUGAAUCAUUUUUAGUGCUUCUGAGAAGUGGAUGCAAUUAUUGAUCAAAAAUAUAAGUUUGUAAAAUAAAACUUUCUGUGUGAAUAUA